AUGGGGCGAGCCCGGCCCGUGGUGCUGCUGGGCGAGGCGGAGGCGAUGUGUUGUUUGUGGCCCCCCAGCAGCGGAUGUGCUCUUGCAGCAUCCUUCCUGCAGCCGCAGCGCCGGUGCCUGCGGUCAGGGCGGAUGUUCCACCCGGUGCAGCACAACGUGCCCAUGACACAUGGCCAGAACCAGACCCGGGGCCCUGCAGCCCCCCAGGAGCCCCUCAGCAUCACGCUGGUGCUUGGAGGAGGACUCCGGCACAAGGGCUCUGCAAAGGCAUUGGGCCAGCCCUGGUGGCCCCGCUCCCAAGUGACGUCCUCCCUGCGUGGGGCUCUGAAACCACAGCAGCUCUUCCGUGCUGCCUUCCCUUCCCUCCCCUUCCCCUCCCUGCACAGCGGAGGUGCCUGCGGCACCCCUCGGCUCUCGGCAUCGCCCAGCCUGGGGCUGCCCCACUCCGGUGCUGGUGAUUCCUGCUGGAGCCACAGCGCCGGGUCCCACCGCAGCCCCUGCAGAGGUCCCAUGGCGCCGGGCUGGGCCGUGCUGGUGCUGCUGGUGCUGAGCACCCUGCGGGCGUGCGGGGCUGCACCGCAGCACCAUGGUGUGCAAUGGGUCUGGGGGGCGCCAGCUGAGCCCCCGCUGCUCUCCCGUGGGAAAAGGGACGAUGUUGGGAAGCAUCCCAUUGCCACUGCACCGGGACACGGCCACGCUGCCACCGCGAUGCCCAACAGCAAGGAGACCGAUUCCCUUGAGCCCAACCCACUUAUGGGCUCUGCACCAGCACCAGCAGCACCCAGCACCAGCACCAGCCUGCACCGGGCACUGGUGGUGCCAACCACAGCCAAUCCCCUGGACGAGACCGAUUCCCCUGAGCCUGACCCAUUGCUGAGCUCUGCACCACCAGCACCCAGCACCAACGCCAGCCUGCUCCAGGCACCCGCAGUGCCAACCGCAGCUGAUCUGGAUGAGACUGAAUCCCCCAAACCCGACCUGCUGCUGAGCUCUGCACCACCGCCAUCGGCACCCAGCACCAACACCAGCCUGCACCAGGCACUGGUGGUACCAACCACAGCCAAUCCCCUGGAUGAGACCGAAUCCCCUGAGCCCGACCCGCUGCUGCCAGCAGAGCCGGGCACACAGGCAGCACCCCCGAAGGGCAUCACCACCGUCCCCAGCCGGCUCGUGUCACCAACUGAGGAGGGGAUGGUGGCCAACGGCACAGACAGCAGCUCCUCCAUGGGGCCACGCUCGGUGACAACCCCAGCCUCCAGCGCCACCACCACCGGGCACAAGGGAGCCGGGAAAGCCGGAUCCCGCCCUGUGCCAACCCAUUGGGACAUGCAGCCGUGGGGAACCGCGGAGCCAGUCCCCUGGGACCGCAGCGGGGUGAUGGGGAGGUGCCUGCUGGCCAUCCUGCUGCUGGCGCUGGUGGCCGCCACCUUCAUGGUGUGCACGGGGGUGCUGGGGGCGCUGCUCUGGCGGCGGGCGCGCACGGCACGGCGCCGGCUCAGCCGCACCGAGAUGCUCUGCAUCUCCUCGCUGAUGCCUGAUGGUGAUGGCACCACCAACGGCCCCAGGCCCACCCUGAUCCGGCGCCCGAAGAUGCUGCUCGAUGGUGGCUCCGAGGCCGAUAGUGACAACCUGACUCUCAGCAGCUUCCUGCCCGAGCACGCCUGAGCCACAGGGACCGGGUCCUGCAUUCCAGAGCAUCGUGAGCUGCGGCUGCACCGCGGUGCCCAUCCUGGUGCUGCCACACGUGAAGCCACGGGCAGGGGAUCCCCAUCCCUUUGGGAUCGUGUUUUAACAUGGACCAGUGCGACCGGGAGCUGGUGUCCCCAGGGUGAGCUCAGCCCUCGAGGCCGACCCCAUUAAAACGUUACCUGGA